AAAAUAUAUUUAUUUAAAUCUGCUAAAUGUUUAUUUCCAAUUCAAAUUGCCCUCAAUUAUGAUGUGGAAAUUACGUGGCAUCUCAAUUAUGCAUCAAGGAAGAACCAUCUUAAAACGAAUGAAUACAAAGGAUAAUACAUAUGUUAGUGCAAAUCAGCCCCUUACACUUGUUUUCAUCGGCCAAAUCACAGUUCAAUUUAAGCAAAAGGCCGCCCACUGAAAACCAAACCAAAUCAAAAAGGAAUCUUAUAUUGUUUGAUCGUCUAAAAUUUCUUUUCUUUUUUCACCUUUUGAUGUCAUUUUUCAACCCCAAGAAAACAAAGCUCAACAAGACUACUUUUCUUCCACAGCUCAACUCUCUAAUAUCCAUCCAUGGAAAGCAAAAUAUAAUCCCACCUUAGUUCUGAUCUCUUAUCCAUGCUCUAAGUUUUCCUUCGAGGAUGGUUCAAAGAAAGGUGCCCAACAAACUUGGUAAUGGAAUCCAAGGUGAUCUCCUUAAAUCAGAAAGGCUGUUGGGAAGCCUCAAACCAUCAUAUUGUCAGCACCAAGCAACUGACUUGAAGAAAAAAAUGAAAAAAUCAAGGUCAAUUAAGCUCUCAGAAGGCAGUCUAAGAUCAUCAUCACCUUUGAGGAAAACCAUUGCACAACCUGGAAAACCACCACCUCUCAAUGUUCUUCCAGCUGCAACUUCACAGGAUAAAUCUGUGAUCAAAGCUGUCGAUGGAUCACCAAACUACAUGAAGUCUACCAGCAGUUCCAAGGCCAAAAAGGAGAGUUCUCCGGUAAGUUCUCUAGCCGGUUCAGACAGCAAGAAUCUAAAUAGAAGAUGUUCAACCGGUUCUAUCAGCUCUGAUUCUUGUAAUAAGGCUGCUGGUGCUAGAACUCUAACAAGGACAUCUAAUUUGAAGCUAGUGAGGACUUUGACAAAAUCUCCUACUUUCAAGCCGGCUAGAGCUUCCGCCAAAAAAUGUUCCAGGGUCGCUCUAUGUGCAGAUAUGAAUGUACAGAGGGCUACCUGUUCUUCAACUUUAAAGGAUUCAAAGUUUCCCUCAUAUCUCAUGCUGAAUCAUGGGACUGAGUCUGAGGGAACUUCUAUUAUCAAGGUCUGCUCAUAUACUUACUGUUCCCUUAAUGGUCAUCACCAUACUCCUUUGCCUCCAUUGAAAUGUUUCUUAAAAGCAAGGAGACGUUCUAUGAAAACCCAGAGAAGCAUGAAGAUGGAAGCUUUGAGCCCUCGUAGAGUAAAGCCUUCUGGUGAUGGAACGGAGGGGGGUGACGAAGAGCCUGUGGUUUUUGCUGACAGGCCCACCAGCAAUGGAGUGGAUUUGGAUAUCUCCCCUUCUCAUUUGAUGCAAGGGGGAGCCAUGGAUUUCUUCAUUGAAAUCUAUGCAAAAAACAAAGGAAAUAACGCUGAAGCAACCUAUGGAAGCACACAAAUGAAGGCCAAGGGAAAGGAUAAUUCUGGAUAUGACAAUGAAACAGGGGUAGAGCUAAUUUCAGAGAGUUCAUCUGAAGGAUCACCAGACUUUGAGGUUGACUUUGAUGAAAAUAUUGAACAUUGUGGUGACAUUAUUUCCAAAAUUGAUGAUAUCAGUGAAAAGCUGAAACAAAGAGACGCAGAUGAAGAAUCUAGAGGAGUUCUGAUUAAAGAAGAAUCAUCACCCUUGAACUUAAAAGGUGAUAAGCACGAAAGCGCUUCAAGGGUUGACGUGGACCAUGCUAUGUUUGAAGUUAUUGAUUUGGAGUGGGAAAAGUGGCAAUUUUCUGCUUCAGAGCCUGAUUAUGAAGCCCAUUCUUCAAUGGAAUCUGAUUUGGAUACUGGGGAUUCGUCAGAAAGUCAUAGGGAUAAUCUGUGUGAUGAAAUUCUGAUCAAUUCAGAUGAAAGUAACAGCAACACUGCAAAGGAGGUUUCGGCUGAUAGAGCAGAACAAGCCUUUGAAGAAACCUUGAGCUACAACCAAGUUUCCUCCGCUGAAGACAUGUUGGAGGUAUCGGCCAUGGAAGAAGAAUAGACUGAAACAGAUUUGAUAGGCAUCUUUACAACAGCUUCUUCAAGAAAGAAGUUACAUGAGGAACCAACACCAGGCAAGGAGAAAAUGCUGGAUAAUGGAGUUCCUGGAACAGUUAAUGAUGUUUCUGAAGCACUAGAAGUUCCUGAAAAAAGCAGCACUAUUGAUUUGAAUGAAGAAGCUUUUGAAUCAACCAAGCAAUUUCAGCUCCACUCAUUUAAUAAGUUGAAGCAAGAUGAAACAAAUGAAGAUUACAACAUAGUCUGGAAGCCGGGGGAUACGGAAGGAGAUCAGAUUGACACCAGCGGUGAUUUCUGUCCAGAAAAUAAACUUCCAAGUGGUGAAACGGGAGACAAAACGGAAGCAGAGAAAGUAGCUUAUUCCGAAUUAUUGAUUGGAUUCCUUGGUUUAUCUCAUGUUCUACCAAGGGCAGAUGAUGAAUUUGAGGUAGAAGACAAUGAAAGGUUUUCAACUCGAGAUACUGCUCUAGAAAGCCUUUUUUCCCAGAGUCAAGAUCAUCUGUCAGAGAGCCAACAUAAGAAUGUACAUGUUAUAGACAAUCAGAGUGCCCUAGAGGAAGAUCAAGAAGAAGCUAAGUUAAAAGUUCCUACUUCCAUGGAUCCAGAGGAGCAUAAUGGUUCAAGGAUGCAUAAAACUCGUUUAGCUGAUGGCAGUGAAGUUGGGAAAAUGGAAUUCAAGGAUAGUGCUACUGCUGGAUUGGAUGUGGCAGAAACAUACCCUGCAGCAAAUGAUAAAACUAAAACCAGCCCCAAGCCAAGAAACAAGUUCUCCUUCACUAGAAGCAAUGCUAAGGAAGAAGUGCCUGAAAAUCAUAACGACAGAAAAUGGAAAAUUGGGUGCAAAAGACAUGAAGAUAACUAUGAGGAGAAAAAGAAAUUCAACCCACGAGAACCAAACUUCUUGCCUGUUGUUCCAGAGCCAGAUGCAGAAAACGUUGAUCUCAGGCAUCAACCAAUGGAUCAAAGGAAAAAUGCAGAGGAAUGGAUGCUCGAUCAUGCACUCCAACAAGUUGUCACCAAACUUGCUCCAGCUAGAAAACGAAAGGUGGCAUUACUUGUUGAAGCCUUUGAAACAGUCCAGCCAAGAACUAAAUGUGAAACUCAUUUGAGGCAAACUUCAACAGGCUUUGGCCAUGGACAGUCCAUUCAAGCUUGUAAUUGAUAAUUUUAUAGAGGUAAUUAAGUAACUCAUUAUUCCAAGUCCAUUCCUUGUUAUUGUUAAUUGAAGGAAAGGAGGCAGUUUCUCCUAAGUUAUGUGUCGAGUGGAGAGUGCCUAGUUCAACUACUAGAAUUUGCGUGCCUAGUUCAACUACUAGAAUUUGUGUACUUUCAACUGGAUAAUAUCUAUCAUUUGGAGGUCUAUUAUGUCUAUUUCUAAUGUUAUGUACUACUAUGAUCACCAGAAAUACCAAAAAUCAUCAAA